AUGCCUUCCGCUUAUAAGAGCAAGGGUAAAGGCCGUGAUGCGCGCCAGUCGCGUAGCCGCAACACAACUCCAUCGAAUGCGGGCGGCGCACCUGGUGUUGCAGUGCCGCUAAUACCAAGCUAUCUUGAGAAUGAUGUAACGAAGCUCAUCGACCUGGCAAAUGGCCAAUACACUGAUCUGCUUGACCUCGUGGCCGGGCCAAACAUCCCGGAUUCGAAAACCCUCGAGACCCUUGUGGAACACUUGAAGAGCCUCAGUGAUAUGGCGGAUGCUCGUGGAGACGCUUGCAAUGCUGGGAUGCGAGAGAUGUCUCAGAAGCGGAAGGAGGUCAUGGAGGACCAGGAGCUUAGUCGUGAGGUUGGAGAGCGUGCAAAGUUGAAGCGGGAGACCGAGGAUGAUGACGACCAGGUGCACAAAGGAAAGUUGAAAAAGCGGAAGGAGAGGUCGAGCACAAAGGAGGAACGGCCGUUGAGCCAUGGGGCCCACGAACUCGCCCGGCAGGAUGGGGCCGAGACGAAGAUUGAGGGAGCUGCUUCUCCAGUUUCCAAGCACUCGAAGAACGCAGCUUCCGACAGGAGCUCCUCACUUUCACCCCCUUCCAUGCUAUCUCCGAAUGGCGCCGCUACCGGGGCUGACGGCGCAGCUGCGCCUAGAUCUCCCGGCUCGGAAUCCAGUGAGGACUCUCACCAGCCUGAACCCCAGCCAGCCAUUCCCCAGAUUCAAGUUUUCGGCGACAAUCCGCUUAAGUUCGACGAUCCCACCGUCUACCAUAUUCGCGACGUCCAGCCUGAAAUGGGCGAUGAUGAGAAGAAGGAAAUCUACAGUGUGGCCCGCUUCCCCAAGAGCGAUCUUGCCCAUAUGAUGGCUGGUGUGCCGCCGGACAAGGACUUUAGCAAUGCCAAGCCUUCCAACCAGGUUAGCGCCAACACUUUCCAGGCCUACAUUGAGCCAUACGUGCGACCUCUCACGGAGGAGGAUAUUGCGUGGUUAAAGGAAAGAGGGGAUCGCGCGACUCCAUUCAUCAUCCCGCGUCGCGGAAAGAAGAGCUACCGUCAGAUCUGGGCGGAGGAGGAUGGCAUCUCUUACGACCCCAGCCAGGAUGAAAAGGAUCAGCUCCCUUUGAAUCAGGGCCGUGGCAACAUCGAACAGUUGACUGACGACAAGACCGAAACCAACGACAUCUCGAUCGGACCCCUGCUCAGCCGUCUGGUCUCUCUUCUGCGCUACGAGCACCGCACCCUUCCUGAGGACAGUGCAACCUCCACUAAUGGCGAUGCACCUGCCAACGAUAGUCUGGGCGGGGACGCAAUGGAUUUAGACCCGCCUAACGGUAGCUUGGAGCCCAAGUCUUCUGACAGCAAGUCCCUUCCGCCGGCUACUGCAUUCCGUGACGCUUCCCCAACUGGCUUUAAGACUUCUGUCGCCAAACUCGACCACGCCCAGCUCGAUGAGCGUGCCAAGGCAGAGCUGCGGUAUAUUGGCUUCCUGGGAGCUGAUGACAAUCCCGACUAUGAUGCGCACUAUGAUGAUGAAGUGGCUGAGCGCCUGCGCCUUCUCCAGGGCGAGCUGAAGAAACAGAUUGUUACCAACAACGCGCGCAAGGCUCGCAUCUUGAAGAUCGCUCAGGAGCACAUGGCCCUUCUUGAAUUCACCACCAUCCAGGACGACCUGGACUCCCAGGUUCAGCAGGCCUACCUCAAGCGCACUCGUACCAUGGGCAAGAGUAAGAAGGGCUCGCAGGCCAAGCACCGCCCCGGCGGUGCUGGUGGUGGCAGCCACGUUGCCAGCGCUGGUGUUUCCCGUCCUGCUGUCGGUGAUGCCGCUAAGAUCGUCAUGGACCGACGUAAGCGCUGGAACGAUGCCUUCCUGCCUAUCUUCGACGACAUAAUGACCACUAUCCCAUCUGAGAACGAAACCAUCUUCGACUCGGCAACCAUGGCCGAGUACGAGAAGGCCGAGCUGGAGGCUUGGGAUGAGGAGUAA